AUUGUGCAUUACACUCUACACGGAGACUUUGAACAAGAAGGGAACCCAUAUUUCUUCCUCACCUUUUUCUUCUAUCAUGGAUUUCGUGCUUAUAUCGUAUUUUUUAGGUCAAAACUUAAAGUAACGUAGUUCAUUGUUAAAAUAAAACCUAAAAUGAAGUUUAAAUAAGUACUCGGAUGGUAAGAGAUGGAUAUGUCUUCUUAAAACGAUACAAAUGAUGACGAAUCAAGUGUUAUGACGUCGGUAGUGAUAAUCCUAACUCUUAAUAAGAAUCUAACCGGUCGUAUAUAAAAGCAGAUUCUGGAGCAAGAAGAACAUCAAAUGUCUGUUGUCCAUCCUUGCUAAGAGAUGAACUUGACGAUAAUCCCAUUCUUCUUAGCGACCCAGUUCGCCAUACCGGAAAUAGAAAAAUGGAAGUACGGGCCGGAAAUAAAUUAUCAAUUAAACAUAUUGACAACCAAAACCAAUGAGGGGGAAAAUGAUCCAGUACAAAUGGAUAUAAAUGGUGAUGUAGGAUGUCGGGUAAAAAACGAGGACACUCUUCUAUGUCGUAUUUCUAGAAUGAAUUAUCGUAUGGUUGAUAUGACUAACAACGUCAACGAAACCGGCGACAUUUUCGUCAAUCAGAAUUUUGAAUUAGGAUACAAUGAAAAUGGCAUGAAUAGAUGGAAUAUGAAAAAUCCGAUCGACAUAGAUCAUUUGAAAUUGAUACAAAAUUUUGCAGCUCAAAUGACCAUAGGUGUUAAUAUUCGUCAAUAUAUGGGGGUGUCCACUUCGUUCGUAAAAAAAGAAAAUUUUACUAUUGGCGAAUGCAAUACUGCUUUUAAUAUUUCUUGGCAAGAAGAUAAUCUUUCUUCCUUGGAAGAAGAACAAAAGGAAUCAUCGUCUGAUGAACAAGAUGAUGUGAAAUUAACAUUGAUCGGCGUGCCUAAAAAAUCUGGAAAUAUCAACCUGAUUAUAGAAAAAUUCCGAAAUCCAAAAAGAUGCGUUAACAGUAAUUAUUAUUUAUCCUGGUUAACAAGAGGCAACCUGGAAAAGAAAGUGAUAUCCUCGUUCAGUAGGAUAACGGUUAAAGAAAAUGAAUCCUUCGAAAGUUUUACGGUAACAACGAUCAAGGUAAAAUUUCAAAAUUCUGCAAUAAUUCAUGAAUUUGCCAAGGUCAAAUUGAAGAGUAUUACCGAAGCAACUGGCCCGCUUCCCACGAUACCAAAUUAUGGAACAGAUGGCGAAAACAUGUUAGAAAAUCACUUUACCGAUUAAAAAUACAUCCUUUCAGAUAUUUCUUUUUUGACUUUAAACGCAUGUUUAGUAGUUAAUAUUUUCGAUUAAAUAAAUUCUUCUUCUAUUGAAAUAGUAGACACUUAAUUAACUUUUUUUUUGGUCUUUUAAAUUAAUACAUUAUUAUUAACAAAGUAAAGAAUAUUUAAA